ACAUGUGAUAUUUGACAUGAAUCUGAUGGUAACUGUUUAACCUCCUUUUGGGUCAGCUCACAUAACAAUUCAUAUUUGACUCCGGCUGAUUUGAUUAAGAUAAACGUCCCAAGCAUUCAUGAUCAAGGUAAGAAUACUUUAUAGUCAUCAUAGAUUUUGGAGUAGGCUACGGCCUUGUAUUUCUACUUUAGUUUUGUUGAAUUCGAAAUGGAGAAGGAUUGUAUUGCAAUAUGAGGUUUCCAAGUCUGGAAUAUAAAUGUCUCCAUUAAAACGCCUUGCAAAAAUCAGUCAAGAAAUGUUAACAAAUAGAUUUUCAGAAAGAGUGGUUUAGAUAAGAUUUUUUGUCCCGGAGAAUUUUAUCUAAUUUGGUGUUAAUCUAGCCUCCCGCAGAAUCGAGUGGACUCUCAGCCCACUGUUUUGAGAGGGAAUUUUUACAAAAGCGAGGGAAAUAAACAAACCGAAGUUAUGUACUCAUAUUAUUUUGCCAGUGGUCAAUUGAUAAUCCUUUGAUUAGGCUGAGUGUUUUUUUACUCUGUACAUGCUGUAUUCUGGAAAAUUGACUCGAAUUUUGACACGAAUUCUUCUAUCUGCAUGCUUCAGAUGGUCCGAAAGUAGUUUCCAGCCUAGGCUCCGAGGAAUGAGAGUGCCGAACAUUGUGAUGUUUUGAGCAGGCCAUAUGUGAGAACUCAUGCUGAAGAAUCUAGCAGUGAGCAGCGGAGAGAAUCUGGAUUUAUCAUUGUCACAGAAAUUCAUAUCUCCAAGGUUUAUGUCAUUUUUGAAAUAUUUUGUAGAAUUAUAGGACCAAUUACAUCACGACUGAGUUACUAAAUCGCGGUGGACACUAAGUGUGAAACAGUUUAUAUGUUUUUUUUUAAUUUUCAAUUUUUAUCAGACAAUCUUUUCCAACACAGGGUUGCGCAUUCUAUGGUCACUCUAGCGUUUUGUCUGCUGUGUCUCACGCUGCUGCCCGUGCUUGCGCGGGCUUCUUCAUUUAGGCGCCUCCUCCUGCGUUGUCGAUCCACGGUCACUUGCAAGCUGGGGCCGACCGAAGUCGUGGGCGAAAUUAGGCUACCCCUAACUAUAAUAUCAGGUCCCUUACAUUUCAGCAAUGGUCGGUGUCAAUCCCUUCACAAAUUCAGAGGAACCGAUUCUAUGACGAGGUGGAGGAAGCACCGUUCGGAGGAUAGAAAAAAGAAGGGCGGACUGUCAUGUAAAAUACAUUUCUUUACCGUUGCGGUUUGUGUAUGCGAAUGCACCCUAUUCUUUCGAGUUAUGUUAGUGAACUUAUAGAAUGGCACCAUCUAUUCCUAGUCGUAAAACUACAUGUAAGUUAGUGAGAAUUAAUUAAUUUUGAUCAGUAGGUCUAAUCAAUAUAAAUGUUUUGUAGAUGAUAAGCAAUGAAAAUCUAGAUUAGCAUUUCAUUUUUGAACCAUAUAACCCGGUUCGUACCGUCUUAAAAAUUAAGACUUUGCAGCCAGCAGUCACUUUGCAACUCUUGCGUAGCCUAUCCAGCGUAAUGAUUUUAUAACAACUGCUUUGUGAAAUUGAUUUAACUUAGGCGAUUGGGGUUGAAAGUACAGUAGCCUUUGCAUAAAAACAAUAUAUAUUUUUUUCCAAGUGUUGCCCAAGGCACGGCGCAGGCGCUCUAACUGCUUGCUGUCACUAAAGCAUUUUUCUUCACAUUGGAAACUGUCACAAGUGACGUCAAUCACCGAGAACUGACCAAUUAGAGCGCAGGGUGAUUGUUUAGCUCCACGGGCUGCACAGCCUACCAUGAAUCUCUAUUCAGUAUAUCAAAGCGUCCUGCUGCUGCCUCUCAACCGAAUGGGAUUCCAUGUAGGCACUGAGAUAGAGUCUAAACUUUAGAGUUUUAUUUUUUUUUGUAUUUUUUCCUUGCGAUUAAAAUAUAUUUGUCAUCAUCAUUAUUAUUUUGCCUGCUGUCAAAGUUAUUCUAAAAUUAGGAGUAAUGAGCGUGGAUGCUUUGGGAAGCCCUGUGAUGGACCCUACGUUUUCCAAACGGAACACAGCGCUGAGAUUAGUUGACUUGGCAGGGGCUCACCACCAUCACCAUCAUCACCACCAUACCCCUCAGAGCGUGACAGGCUUCCCGGGGUUCAGCAGCCAUCCACACUCAAUGGCUCACGCGCACCCUGGGGAGAUUACUGCGGAACCCCGCCUGGGGCCGAGUCCAUUCGGGCCAGAACACAUGGGGCACUCCGCGGCCCUCAAAAUCAGCCCAGCCCAUCAUUAUCCCCACCACCAUCACCACAAUCAUCAUAUUGCAGGCCACAGUGAAGUGGUCUCCAGUCAAACGGGAGCUUUUGGCCCGGUGCAGGCGACGGUCCCAUACUCUAUGUCUCAUACGGCCCAGGCAUUAUCCGCAGGUAGGGAUUUCCUCAUACGACGAGAUCUGACAGCUCAAGCCAUGCCAGUGCUGACCGACCAGUCUACUGGUACAGCCUCUCACCACGGAAUGUUUGUCUCAACAACAGGUAGCUAUCCGGGACACUAUGGUCAUCACCCCGAUGCUGCGAACCAUACCCUCUUCCCCGGACUUCAUCACGAACAGCCUAACGGAGCUCCAGGUGGCCAAGCGCUGAACGGACAAAUACGGUUAGGAAUACCUGGAGAAAUGUACGUUAGAUCUGAUCACUUGAGUCAAGUGGCAAGCUCCAGGACAGAUCCAUUUGCUGCAUCGCCUCUGCACAGCUACGGCGGUCUCAAUCUGAACAUGAACCUCAGCGCUCACCACCACCACGGACCAGGAGCCUUUUUUCGGUACAUGAGGCAACCGAUUAAGCAAGAACUGAUCUGCAAAUGGUUAGAACCGGAGCACUCGGUGAAAAAACUUUGCUCCAAAACUUACAGCACCAUGCACGAACUGGUGACGCAUGUGACAGUGGAACAUGUCGGGGGACCAGAGCAAGCAAACCAUAUAUGUUUUUGGGAAGAGUGUCCACGGGAAGGAAAGCCUUUUAAAGCCAAGUAUAAACUUGUAAAUCAUAUCAGAGUGCACACCGGAGAAAAACCAUUCCCGUGUCCAUUCCCCGGCUGUGGAAAAGUAUUCGCGAGGUCGGAAAAUCUUAAAAUUCACAAAAGAACUCAUACAGGCGAGAAGCCCUUUAAAUGUGAGUUUGACGGAUGUGAUAGACGCUUCGCCAACAGCAGUGACCGGAAGAAGCACUCCCACGUGCACACCAGCGAUAAGCCCUACAACUGCAAAGUGAGAGGUUGUGACAAAUCCUACACGCACCCCAGCUCUUUGCGAAAACACAUGAAAGUGCACUGCAAGUCCCCACCUCCGAGUUCUGGUUACGAGUCAUCGACUCCAUCUCUCGUUUCACCCUCAUCAGACUUGGGCCGUGAGCCAGCUCCCUCCUCACUGUCCGAACCUCUCUCUGCGUCUCAGCCCGCUAAUCUAAGCGAGUGGUACGUUUGUCACAGUUCAGGUGCCAGUGGCUCCCAGACCCCUCCCAGCGGCUCCUCCACACCUGACCCUUCAGAGAGGCCUCCAUACAGGAACCCCCACUCCAGGGACACAUUCUAACAAUAUAGUUCGAGUAUAAAAAAAAUAAUAUCUGGGAAAUGCAUUGGAUUCAUAAUAAUUUUAUUUGAGGAGAGUCCAUUUUCACGACUUACAUGUCUAAAUGCACUGGCAUAUCGACAAAUGAGGACACUGCCAAUCCGCCAAUUGAAAUAGCCAGCUAAUAUGAGUGUUAAUUUCUUAUACAAUGUAAUGGUUACUCGUAAGCAUGUGGCUGUAUUAUUUUGUUAAUUCAGGUUAGACAUCAAUAUCUUUUUAAUUUAUUUUUGAAUCUGACUUGGACAUUUUUGUAAUAUCGAACCAAAGUGUUUCAAUAGAACAAAGUGUACAUUUGUAUAUUGCAACGUUUUAAUGUGUAAGUGUUAACAGUAAUUUUGUAUGGUUCAGUCUUUCAGCUAUUUUGAAUUUUUUGCUACUAUUGUUUGUAUAAAAUUAAUAUUUGAAAUUGUUUAAAUUUCAUAACGAAUUAUUUCCUCCAUUUGUGCUUUAUCGGGACUAUUGACCGAAGCGUUGUUACUGUAUUUGCUAUGACAGACAUAACAUUCAAAACUAUUGCAGUCAUUGGUCAGUGUUGGCAUUUUGUGAUUUUGUAAUACUUGUUAAAGUUUGUUAACAAUGCAUUUUAUGACAAUUCGAUUGACAAGAGGGGACUCAAGAUGUGUAUCAAACUGCCUUGUAAUUUGUCAGUAUUUUGAAUAAAUUGUGUAUUAUAAAUUGAAA